UUGCCUCCAUGUCCCUAUCCUUCCUCAUCCACAAAAUUUCUUUUCGGCGCGUGCAUAAAUCAUCGGCGCGACCAGGUACGUCGACCUAAUAGAGGUCCUCGACCUCGAACCUAGGUUCGAUUGAGGGUCGAAGACCUUUCGGUGGGCCGAGGUGGCCGGAGGUGCGCUGCAGCGAUCGAUUGUGGUGAACAAACGGAGGCUGUGGCCGGUGGCGAUAUAGAAGCGUUUUUAGCGUGAGAAUGUGACCCUCUCCCGGCAGCAGAAGCAUGUGAACCGUGGGCUGCAUGUGUUUUUGGGUUGUACUGGUCAUAGACCGGUGGCAGUCUCCGGUCCGAGUUGGUGAAAAAGACUCGCGUCAAAUUUGACAUUCCUCAACUUUGAAGCAAAAAUGCCAAACUUCUCACCCAGAAACUUUUCCAUAACUGUUGUCUUCAUCAAUGUUCAUAAACUCAAGCCAUCAAACUGAUGCUAAUCAAAGCAGCAUCUGCAUAUCUCUCUCUCUCCUCUCCUAGGCCUUUAUCCUCUUUCUGUCUCUAGGUUCUUUUCUGUUGUUCCUCCUCUCUGUCUCUGACUCUGUCUCUGUCUCUGUCUCUCCGGCAAUGAAGCUCAACGCCCGCCACCCGCCGCCCUUUUAGAUGACGAGGCCACGGCUCUCCGCCGUCGUCUUCGCCAUCGCUGCGGUCGUGCUCUCGGCCACCACCGUGGCCCUUGCCUUGGGCACCGGCUCCACCAUUGCCGUCAGCUACUCCUCUGCCGCCGCCACCGUGUGUGGCAUCUCCUCCGCCCAGCCCAAGCAGAGGAUCAGAUGCUACCGGCGGGGGCAGGUGGUGGAGUUGAGCCCCUACACCUCCUUCUCCGCCAUCUCCGGCGGUGCCAAUUCCGUCUGCGGGCUCCGCUCUGGCGGCUACAGCUUCCUCUGCUGGGACACCCUCAAGGCUGACGGCUCCGCCCUCGUCUCCAAGAGGAUUUACAACGACCACACUGUUCUGUUGGAGAACAUCUCGGUCGGUGACUAUCAGAUUUGUGCACAGGUCAAUGGUACAAAAUCAGUCAAAUGCUGGAGAGGUAACAAAUCAUUCUCUUUACCUCCUGAGGACGAUGAACUCACUUCGAUCUCAUCUGGGUUCGGGUUUUCUUGUGGGGUUUCGGUGAAUUCGACUCGUGUCCGAUGUUGGGGAAGCAAUCCAAUUGCGGGGGAUAUAGAAAAUGGGUUCGGAACCAUGCCGAUGUCGAGCGUCGUAAGCGGCGGUUCUCAUGUCUGUGGAUUGAACGCGACUGGGUUUGUGGUCUGCAAAGGAAGCAAUGAAGCUGGGCAAUUAGAUGUUCCCUUCAAUUCAGCCAUGGAGUACUCUCUCUUGUCUCUAGGUGCUAAUCACAGCUGCGCAAUCCGGAGACUGAACAACACCGUGAUCUGCUGGGGUGGCAGAGGGCAAUUCGUCACGAAGGAAACCGAGGGAAUUAACUUCGAAGCGAUCGCUUCAGGCACGAACUUCACUUGCGGGUUGAUGACGAUCAACUACUCGAUAAUGUGCUGGGGUCCGGGAUGGAACAAUGGAUCAGGUCCUGAGCUGCUUCCAUUGACAGGGAUUUUGCCAGGACCCUGCGUUCAAUCCUGUGGUUGUGGCAUAUACACUCAGUCUCAGGGCCUCUGUCAUGGUUCUGGUACGAUUUGUAAGCCUUGCCAGUUCGAGUUCUUGACGCCUGUGCCGCCGCUGCCGUCGCCGCCUCAGCCGCCAUUGGUCUCUCCUACCUCUGCUCCAUCACGAGGCUUGAGGACGAGCCUACUAGCAUUUGCAGUAGUCGGCUCUGUCGGGGCUUUUUCAGGCCUGUGCACGGCUGCAUACUUGUUAUAUACGGGGGCGUGUUUCGGGCACAAGAAGGUACACAACUCGGUGCAGCCAACAAUCACGAGGGCGAAUUCCAACAACGCGAUGAACUCGAACAGCGGCAACCUCUUCAGAUCGUCGACCAUCCGGCGCCAGAGCUCGAGAGUAAUGAGCCGGCAGAGGAGCGGGACCUCCUCUAAGCACGCGGACAGGGCCGAGGAAUUCUCGCUCGCCCUGCUCGCCGCAGCCACAGACGACUUCUCCCUGGAGAGCAAGAUCGGCUCGGGGAGCUUCGGGGUCGUCUACCGGGGCAAAUUGCCCGACGGCCGCGUGGUCGCGAUCAAGCGAGGGGAGACCGGGUCGAAGGCGAACAAGUUCCAGGAGAAAGAGAGCGCGUUCGAUUCGGAACUAGCGUUCCUGUCGAGGGUCCAUCACAAGCACCUGGUGAGGCUGGUCGGAUACUGCGUGGAGAAGGACGAGAGGCUCCUGGUCUACGAGUUCAUGAAAAAUGGAGCUCUCUACGAUCACUUGCACGACAAGAACAACGUGGAGGUAUCGAGCAGCCUCCUGAAUUCGUGGAAAAUGAGGAUCAAGAUUGCGCUCGAUGCGGCGAGAGGUAUCGAGUAUCUGCACAGCUAUGCAGUCCCUCCGAUCAUUCACAGAGACAUCAAGUCGUCGAACAUAUUGCUCGACUCGAAUUGGACCGCUCGGGUCUCCGACUUCGGCCUGUCUCUGAUGGAGUACGAUUCGGACUCCGACCAGAGGCCGACGAAGGCGGCCGGGACCAUCGGGUACAUCGAUCCGGAGUACUACGGGCUGAACGUGCUCACGGCGAAGAGCGACGUGUACGGGCUCGGGGUGGUGCUGCUGGAGCUGCUGACGGGGAAGAGGGCGAUCUUCAAGGACGGGGAGGGGGAGGGGGCGGCGCCGGUGAGCGUGGUGGACUACGCCGUGCCGGCGAUAAGGACCGGGGAGGUGGGGAGGGUGCUGGACGGCAGGGUGGCGGCGCCGGAGAUGGAGGAGGCGGAGGCGGUGGAGCUGGUGGCGUACACGGCGAUGCAUUGCGCGAACCUGGAAGGGAAGGACCGGCCGACGAUGAGCGACAUUGUGGCGAACUUGGAGCGAGCUUUGAGCCUGUGCGAGGGGGAUAGCCAUGGAAGCAUCUCCAGCGGCGGAAUCUCCAUUGUUUCGGAAUGAAAGAGUUUGAGAAGAGAAACCACACGAGGGAGAGUCUAAGAUUCAAAUUUCAUUAUUUUUCCCAGAUUUCUCUGUCUAAUUUAAUUGUUUUUGCCUGAAUUGUUUCGUUGUAAACUUCAAUUUUUCUCUUACAUUCUAACAUUUUGUAAAGAGUAGCUCCUUUUUUUCCCCCUAACCGUAGAUUUUUGGGAAAAUUUUCAUCUAGGCAAAGGCUGUAUUUUUACAUUUUAUCUUUUGUUAUUUCCCAAAAUUGUUUUUCAAGUGGACAACCAAUUUUUUUUUUAUGAUUAUGUCGAUUAUUAUGUUCUCCUUCUUUUUAUGCCAGAAAUGAUUGACAA